AUGGAAAUGCAGCAGAACUGCAGCAUUUCAUGCUUCUGGGAAACUCAACCACUUGGUUGUGUGAAGAUCAGUUGUAUCUUUUACCACAGCAAACCUCGAAAUAUCAAUGGAUUGUUUUUGCCACCAAGUAGCAAUAUCACACUACAGAAAGAAAGUCAGGAAGGAAAUCUAUCCACAGCUCAGAGUCAGGAGCCUCUGAAAACCCUGGAGAACAUAUCACGACCCAUCCACCAUCCCUUAGUUUUAAAAACUAACUUUAAGGAAGAAGAGGAGGAAGAAGAACAGAAUGAUGCUUCCAGUGUAUGGACAAAGACUCCUGAAGAAAUUGAAGAAAAACGAUCAAUAAAGGAGAUGUGCUAUAAAUCUGGUGAAUACUAUAGAUUCCACAGUGCUCCCGAGAUUUCCUCAUCUAAAAGCACGGCUCAUGCAGUGGAAAAAGAGUUGGAAAAGCCCUUGGAAGAUGGUAGUGAAUUGCAAGAAGGGGAUGGUCUCACAGUUCCAACGAAAUUUAGCCUAAUUGAAAGGCAAGGAGAGGCAAAAUCAUCACUGGAUAGGAAGCUAAGGUCUGACAUUGCUGCUUUUGAAAAUGGAGGAGGUGACUGUUAUGUCCCACAAAGGAUCAUAUUUCUUGGAGUAGAUGAAAGUGAAGCUUUAGCUGAAGAAAAAGAGAGCACCAUACCGAAAUGUUUGAAUACCAAAGAUAACAAGGACAGCCUUCAUCUAAAAUGUUCCCUUGCUACCCAACUAGUACCUACAACGCAUGUACUAAACGCUACUGAGAAUAUCAGUUCACAGUGCAAGGAGGACCCAUCUUCAAUGAAAGAUGUCCAGCCAGUAAGGAAGCCUCAUUUUAAAGGUGUGAAGAAAAGAAAAUGGAUUUAUGAUGAACCAAAGAACUUUCAUGGCUCUGGAAUGCGAAGAGGAGCAUACACCUCAAAUCCCAAACAUAAAACGAGUUACCAUCAUCAUAAUAAAAAUCGAAAUGCUGAGAAUGCUUCCUAUGUCCAUGUUCAGAGAGACGCUGUGAGGACUAUCACAUUGAACACCCCUCCUCGCAGCAGGCCCCCCAGCAGGUCCUACAAUAAAGGUGAUGCCAGCAGGGAGUCUAAGCUCAACCUCUGUGCAGACAAACAUAUGUCAAUGUCGUAUAAUGGUUCAGCCUGGAGAAGAAGAAUUCCGUUUUCAAAAACUUAUUCAAAAACUGAAAAGAUAUAUCCAGAGCCAAGAAGAAAUGGGAGCAAGUAAACUUGGAGGUUGAGAGAAGAGAAUAAUGAGAAAAGAGAAAAGUGCCAGCCAUCACCUGAUUUACAAUGAAAAAUGAAAAUUCAAAGAUUGAGACAUUCAAGUACUUCAUACUGUAUACGGGAUAGUCAAAGAUGAUAAAAUGCAAAUUCUGAAAAUAAGAU